AUGGCUCCUCACCCCAGCGAUAACGGACGACAGUCUCAACCUGCAAAUUAUGACGAUGAAGAGAUAGCCCGUGAUCUUGCCGCUCUCGACGAACAAUAUCCUCGAACAUCCACCAAUUUCUCUCGACCGCGGAAUACAGGCCGCUCUUACACUGGCCCUAACAACGAUCGCUUACCACGCCGAUCUUCAACUGACGAUACCAAUGUGAGAUCUGGAUCGAGGUCUCGGUCUAGACGACCUGACGAUGGUUCGCUCCCGCGAGCGAGCGGUCCUCACGAAUUGCGCCCAAUUCCCGCGAGAACCGAAGUAUCCACUGACCUUGGUGGUCCUCCCGAGUAUGCGGAUCGGACAGACAAGUCUUUCACUUCGCCAAUUGAAAAAGCCAGUCUCGGAUUCAACGGAAACUCUGCUGGGGCCGAGUCUUCAGUGCGUAAUGACAUUAAAAAGUUCCUCACACAAAGGCGCGCAAAAAGGAUUGGGCCUGGCGCAAAGCCAACAUGGAAGGAUCGCACUCAGAAACAGCUCGAAAAGUUUCACCAAAAGGUGAUAGUCGAAACAAUUCUCCGUCAGAAACCUCUCGAACCUUUACCUGAUGGCCGUCAUAUCCCUCUCAAUCCCACGCCGCGAAAUGCUAAAGGUCUUAUCGAUGAGCGUGCUGGAAAGCCUUACACCAGUAACUUCAUCCGGUCGAGCCGUUACACCAUUUAUGAUUUCUUCCCAAAACAACUCUUGUUCCAGUUCAGCAAACUUGGAAACUUCUACUUCCUUGUUGUUGGUACCAUUCAAAUGAUACCCGGUCUAAGUACUGUCGGACGGUGGACUACUAUUGUACCUCUCGGCGUAUUUGUCGCAUUCAGUAUGGCCAAGGAAGGUUACGACGAUUACAGGCGUUACAUGCUUGAUCGCGUGGAGAAUCGCAGUGAAGCUUGGGUUUUGACGGACAAAACUAGCGAGAAGAGUCGUGUUAGGCACGCUGACAAGAUGAAGAGGAGGAAAGAAAAGGUUUCCGAGAGUGGAGAGGAGCACAUGCUUGAUGACUUGGAGACAGGCACUGCAGGCACCGGAAAGCUCGGGAAAGAUGGAAACUGGACUCAAGUUCAGUGGCAGCAUGUCCGCGUUGGCGAUGUUAUUCGUUUGCGCCGCGACAAUCCUGUUCCUGCCGAUAUGGUGCUUUUACACGCCACUGGCCCUAAUGGCAUCGCCUACAUCGACACAAUGGCACUUGAUGGUGAGACCAACCUCAAAAGCAAGCAGGCAUGCCCUUUACUUGCCGAACGGUGCAACACUCUUGAGGGCCUGCGAGCGACACAAGCCACUAUCAUCUCCGAAAACCCCAAUCUGGACCUUUACAGCUACGAUGGUCGGGUGACUGUUGAUGGAGAGACUCUACCCCUUUCUAUGAACAAUGUCGUCUAUCGUGGCUCUACCCUCCGUAACACAGCCGAAGCGCUAGGUAUCAUUGUGAAUACUGGCGAGGAGUGCAAGAUUCGGAUGAACGCCAACAAGAACGUCAGCGCCAAGAAGCCUGCCAUGCAAUCAAUCAUUAAUAAGAUGAUCAUGGUCCAGAUCUUUGUUGUUCUCAUGCUCACAAUGGGGUUGACAAUCGGUUACUACUUGUGGAAGGAUCGUACUGAGGAUUUUGCUUGGUAUAUCAGGCGACGUGGCUUUUGGAAUGGAAGCGUCCCCUUCAAGGAAAUCUUCUUUGGGAACAUCAUCAUGUUUAACACACUGAUCCCUUUAUCUCUUUAUAUCAGUCUAGAGAUUAUUAAGUUGGGACAACUGUACCUACUCCAGGACGCAGAUAUGUACGACCCAAUAUCCGAUACACCCAUGGUGGCCAAUACCACUACUAUUCUCGAGAACCUUGGUCAAGUCAGCUAUGUAUUCUCCGACAAAACAGGAACCCUAACGGAGAACAUCAUGCGCUUCCGCAAAUUGUCCGUCGCAGGUGUAGCUUGUCUGCAUGAUAUGGACGUGCAGAGGGACCAAGAGGAGAUGCGCAGAAAGAUCAAAGAAUCAGAGCGACCAAAGAAGGGCAAAUCGAAAAUGGGAAGUUUGUCGGCAACAAAGAGUACGGGCAAUGUCUUGGAUGACAGCGGAAACGGAUCUCGCAGACCAGAGGCUAUUAGAACCAUGUCAACCAGAUCUGCAAGUCAGUGGAAAUCGACUGUCAACACACCUGAUAGUACCGACAUGAAGACGGAGGAUUUGCUGGACUACAUCCAAAGACAGCCCAACACCCCUUUCUCACGAAGGGCCAAGCACUUUUUGCUUUGUAUUGCUCUUUGUCAUACUUGUUUGCCAGAGAAGACAGAUGGUGGCGAUAUCACGUUUCAAGCUGCUUCCCCCGACGAACUGGCACUUGUGGAGGCCGCCAAAGACCUAGGAUUUCUUGUGAUUGAUCGACCUGCACAAGCUAUCAUGCUGGAGACUCGAGACGUUGAUGGCUCCAUGCAGACAGAGACGUAUCAGGUAUUGGAUGUGAUUGAGUUCAGCAGUAAGAGGAAGAGGAUGUCCAUCAUCAUUCGCAUGCCUGAUGGUCGCAUCUGUAUCUUUUGCAAGGGUGCCGACAAUGUCAUUAUGCAACGUCUCAAAUUAAGCAAUCUCGCUGAGGAGAAGGCGAAGGACAUUGGCCGCCGCACGAGUCAACGGAGAGCUUCCCGGCAGGACCAGGCCCUGCGAAGGAUGAGUACGCAUAAAAGCGCCAGUCCUUACGGUAGCCCCAAUGGCAGCCCUCGCAACAGUUUCGGGUUCUCCAGAGGUGAAUCGUCUAAUCGAGAUGGACUUCGACUGAGUUUAGGGCGGCGCUCCACAGAUCUGAAGCGGCUGUCGCAGCAACUUGCUCGAACGCCUCGGACCUCUUCAGAGAUGCUGAGCCCAAUCAGCCCUCGACAAAGUCUUGGUCAAAUGCCAUCAUUUGAAAACACUGAACUCAGGAUCGAUGAGUCAUUGGCAUCAAAUGAAGGCGCUGUGUUUGAGAAGUGCUUUCAGCAUGUUAAUGAUUUUGCCAGCGAAGGUCUUCGUACUCUGCUGUAUGCCUACCGCUACAUCGACGAUGAUUCUUAUCAUCAGUGGAAGGCAAAGUACCGAGAGGCCGAGACAAGCUUGAUUGAUCGCCAGGAGCGUAUCGAAGCUGCCGGUGAGCUUAUCGAGCAGAAGUUCGAGCUAGCUGGAGCAACCGCAAUCGAGGAUAAGCUACAGGAGGGGGUUCCAGAUACCAUUGACAAGUUGCGUCGGGCCAACAUCAAAGUAUGGAUGCUUACGGGCGACAAGCGCGAGACUGCUAUUAACAUCGGCCAUUCAGCUCGUGUGUGCAAGCCAUGGUCUGAGGUUUACGUGCUGGAUGCGACUUUGGGUGAGCUGAAAGAGACCAUCACCAUGACUCUCAACGAUGUUAGUCGUGGAAUGGUUCCUCAUUCUGUUGUGGUUGUCGAUGGUCAGACACUCGCCAAGAUCGACCAAGACGAUGAGCUGUCUCUUCUCUUUUAUGAUCUUGUUAUACGUGUCGACUCCGUCAUCUGCUGUCGAGCUUCCCCUUCGCAGAAGACAAACUUGGUUCGCUCGAUUCGGACAUACGUGCCUAAGAGCAUGACCCUGGCAAUCGGCGAUGGCGCAAAUGAUAUUGGCAUGAUUCAAGCCUCUCAUGUUGGUAUUGGCAUUUCUGGUCGUGAGGGUCUGCAGGCUGCCCGAAUUUCGGAUUACUCGAUUGCGCAGUUCCGUUUCCUACAGAAAUUGCUCUUUGUCCAUGGCCGUUGGAACUACAUGAGAACUGGAAAGUAUGUACUUGCUACUUUCUGGAAGGAAAUUCUGUUCUUCAUCGUACAGGCUCACUACCAGCGCUAUACCGGAUACUCUGGAACGUCGUUGUAUGAGUCGUGGAGUUUGACCGUCUUCAACAGUGCUUUCACUUCGCUCCCUGUUAUUCUUCUGGGUAUCUUCGAGAAGGACCUGUGCGCAGAGACACUGAUGAGGGUUCCAGAGCUCUACACUUUUGGUCAAAGAAACCUGGGCUUCAGAUUCUCUCAGUACUUUGCGUGGAUGAUCAUGGGUGUUGCAGGCAGUUUUGUGAUUUGGUACUUUACAUGGUGUGUCUAUGACAGGACAUUUUACGAUCGAGACACAAGCAUCUUUGCCAUGGGCAUGGUUAGUUUCACUGUUGCUGUUAUCUUCAUCAACAUUAAGCUCCUGAUCCUUGAAGUACACACCAAGACGGCCAUUACAUUUGGCGGUUGUCUGAUAUCUGUCGCUGGCUGGUUCUUGUGGAUGCUUGCUCUCUCGGGCAUAAAACCUACUAGUUUUGGGCCUUACAUUGUCCGCGACGCUUUCAUUGACAAUUUUGGUCGCACGCUGCAAUGGUGGACGCUUGUGCUGCUUGAACUUAUUGUUCUCAUCGUGAUUGACUUGGUGGUUCAAGCUGUUCGACGAGUCUAUUUCCCCUCUGACCAAGAUUUGAUGCAACGCAUUGAAAAAGACGGCAACGUGGAUAGAGUCUUUGGCGAUGGCAAAGACGCUGAAGAGGGAGAUCUGGAGGCUGAAGAGAGGGUUCUUACAAACAAUCCAGCUCCUGAGGAUGAGAGAAUACAGGAGAGGAGGCAGGGUCGUGCAGGUCAAGAUGACUAUCAGCCGAAAUUCACCGCUACGGCUGAAGAAGAGAGGGACAAUCCAAUGGAGCAAUGGCGGGGUUGA